AAACUCUGUUGUCAAGACUCGAGCUGCUUCAUUGUACUUCUGGUUAAUGUGUGUGAGGCGCUGCAACAAGUUUGAAUUUUGGAUUCGUAGUUGGGCCACCCGCUGAGAAUAAUGGAUUAGGAUAUCUACAAAGGUGAAAAUGGGGAAGGCAAAGGAGGUGGAAGAAGCAGAAAGAAGACAAAGGGGGAGAAGAAGAAGAAGCAGAAAGAGGCAGCAGAAUAGAAAACCCACCUUUGUCUCAAGGUCUGUUUUUCUUCAUCUAAAAUCUUCAUCGAAAAGCAUCCUGAAAAACGGUAUAUAUCAGUAUGUUGAACGCAAAGGAAUUAAAUAAAGUUAAAUAGGGGAAGUUGGAACGAGUACAAGAUCAAUCUGUUUGGCAAUUAACCAGUGAUGGAUUUCAGUUUGAAUUAUGGCUGUUCCUACAUGAUUGUGAUUAGGAUGCCUUAAUCUGUGUCUAUGUAAUAAUUACGAAUUUAAUCC